AUGCAGCGGUCAGGCGCCUUCCUCGCUGGCCUCCUCUGGUCGCAGCGCUUCAAAGAUGGGCUGUUCGUGACCGACUACUUCACCCGGACACCUCGCAAGCUGAAUGCCUUCCGCUCCUUCACCAGCCUGGAGCUCUUCCAUUUCCGCAUCCCAGAGGACACAGCGGUGGCCGUCUGGAACCUGGUCACCUUCAAAGAGCAGGGUGGCACCCUUGGGGACCGAUGCCCGGACCGGAGCAUCACCGUGUAUUUCCGUUCAGGGGCACCGCCAGUCAUCAACCCCCUGGGUAUGCACUUCCCCAGGGACACGGCAGUGCCAGGCUCCUUUGCCCUCACGCUCACCUGGACGCUGCCCAACAGGACCACGGGAGUCUUCAACAUCACCAGUCCCCUGCCCGGGGACUGGUUCCUGGCUGCCCAUUUGCCCAAAGAACAGGGCAAGAUCUCAGUCAAGGGACUUGCGGAGGACUGCCAGUAUCUCUUCCAGCCCCAGCUCAUCGUCCAGCGCCUGGUGGGCAUUGGGGUCCUGCACCCAGGUUAUGAGACUGAACACGUCCUCUCCCCCCACAAUCGCUCCCUGCUCUACAAGGUCUUCGUUCCCAGCUACACCUCCAGGGUGCUUGUGCAGCUGCGAAACUGCCACCGAGGCAACCAGAGUGUGCCAGGCUGCCCCCUGGGGCUGAAAGUGCGUGGCAAGGCCCCCCCCCUGCACAACUCCACAGCCGUGGACUGCCGGGAGCAGCUGCCCUGCCACCUUGCCCUGGAGCUCCCCUUCUGGCAACACUGGUACUUCAUCCUGGUGGAGAAGCAUCCGCCGCUGCCCGACCGGAUCCGCUUCCAGCUGGUGGUGCAGCUGCAGGAUUGCUCCCGGACCGGCCUGAGUGAAGCCCAGCUACCCGGCUCCCGCCUGAACAUGCCUCACUCCUUUGGCUCCACGGGAGGGCUGGCGCUGGCAGAUAUCCUGCCCCCCUCCCUCCCCAACAGCUUCCAGCCUCCAGCCACCUCCACACCCACCAUGCCUUCCAAAGGCAGGGAGCACUGCUGGCCCACCCGGCCUACUCUUCGCAAUGAGCUGGACACCUUCUCAGUGCACUUCUACAUCUUCUUCGGCCCCAACGUGUCGGUGCCCCCUGACCGGCCGGCCGUCUUUGCCAUCAGCCUCCUGCCUGUGCUGGACAGUGGCGGGAUCCUCAACCUGGAGCUGAAGCUGAACGUGUCUUCUCUGCGCGGGGAGAAUGCAACCAUCUUCGCGUGUUUGAACCACGAGGUGCCUUUGGCCUCAGGAGGGGACUCCUCAGUUACCUGUGAGACAGAGCUGCUGGCUGGGUUCCUUCUGUCCAUCAACGCCACCUCCCCCUUCGCCCGGCUGCGGAUUCCCUACCCCCAGACGGGGAGCUGGUACCUGAGCCUGCGCUCGCUCUGUGCCAUGGACCGAAGGCCGUCGUCCUGCGGGAACACGACCGCGGAGGUGUACCUGCGUGCCUUCCUCUCCCCCUGCAUCAAUGACUGCGGCCCCUACGGCCAGUGCAAGCUUCUGCGGACCAACAACUACCUGUACGCGGCCUGCGAGUGCAAAGCAGGCUGGAGCGGCUGGGGCUGCACGGACAACGCAGCCGCCUUCUCCUACGGCUUCCAGCUGCUGUCCACCCUCCUCCUGUGCCUGAGCAACCUCAUGUUUGUCCCGCCAGUAGCCAUCGCGGUGCGGACUGGCUACCUGCUGGAGGCAGCCAUCUACGUCUUCACCAUGUUCUUCUCCACGUUCUAUCACGCCUGUGACCAGCCGGGCAUCGUGGUCUUCUGCAUCAUGGACUACGACGUGCUGCAGUUCUGUGACUUCUUGGGCUCCCUCAUGUCUGUCUGGGUCACCGUCAUUGCCAUGGCCCGCCUCCAGCCCGUCAUCAAACAGGUGCUGUACCUGCUGGGAGCCAUGCUCCUCUCCAUGGCCCUGCAGCUGGACCGGCACGGCCUCUGGAACCUGCUGGGCCCCAGCCUCUUCGCCGUAGGCGUCAUGGCCAUUGCUUGGACGGUGCGCGGCGUCCGCCGGCGGCGUUGCUACCCGCCCACCUGGCAGCGCUGGACCUUCUACCUCCUGCCCGGAGCCCUGAUCGCCGCCUCCGCCGUGCUGCUCUACGCUUUUGUCGAGACAGAAGAGAACUACUUCUACAUCCACAGCAUCUGGCACAUGCUGAUCGCCGGCAGCGUGGGCUUCCUGCUGCCGCCCCGGGCCAAGUCAGAGGCAGCCGGGCUGGUGGGGCCUCUGCCUCGCCGGAAGGGCUGCGGCUACCAGCUCUGCAUCAACGAGCAGGAGGAGCUCGGCCUGGUGGACCCCGGCGCUGCUGGCGGGGUCUCCAUCACCAGCGUCUGCGCCAGCUGAUGCAGGGAGG